AUGGUGUACAGCCUCAGCUACCGUCGCCCUCAGAGGCAGCCUCGUUCUUCAAGCGAGUCAGUGACGGGUGAGCACAAGCAGUUGUCCAUCCACGAGUCUGUCCGCUCUGGCAGCAGUGGCAUGUCCCAUGGCAUCCCUGACGCUCUCUCCUUUGACCGCAUCAUUGCCGGUGGUGUCUGCCCUCCCUGCACUGUCCGUGACUUCAUGAACUUUCUCAAGUACAUCGAGUUGUCGGCCGAGAACCUGCAGUUCUUCCUCUGGUAUCGUGACUACAGCAAACGCUUCAACGAGCUGCCGGAGAGUGACAAGGCCUUUUCGCCCGAAUGGCGUGGCGACAAGAGCAGCGGCGAGGCAAAGCCCAAGUUCUCCAGCCACAGGGCGCACCCAGACGCGGCUGCCAUCUUGGAGGGCACCGACUUUGCCAGCGAGAAGACUGUCAAGUACAGCGAGAGGAGCAACAACCCAUUCUUCACCCCACCGCACACGCCAACUAGUGAUUCGCACCGCCGGGAGGAGUCGCUCGAUUCGUACGAUGAGAGCAUGACUACCGGUCAAGUGAACCACUCGGAACGUGCUGCUGGUGCGUUUGAAAAUGCGGGGCUCAAAUGGAAGCCUUUAACCGUCCAGCCCUACCGUGAGGAGGUUAACCGCAUCAUAUCCAUCUACAUUGCCGACGGUGGCUCUCGUCAGCUCAAUCUCUCGUCGAGGGAGCGUGCUGCACUGCUCCACGCUCUGCAAAACACGACGCACCCUUCAGCCUUCAGGAACGUCAUCACCACCGUGGAGUGGUCGCUGCGUUGCCAGGCUCAUCCCAACUUCAUCCGCUGGACCAUCUGCAAUGGCAACCGUCCUCGUGUCAUCUUUGCUCGCGGAUUGGGCAUCGGCGGCAUUGUCGCUGGUCUUGUUGUCGCUAUCCUCCUGACCCUCAGCAGCGCUGGUCGUGCUUGGAGGGCCAUUUCCCUGAUUGGCUUCGUCAUUGGCAUUUCCACGCUCAUCGCCGCUUGGAAGGGCAUGUGCGUCGUCCUUCACGGCAUGCAUCACCGCCACCUGAGGCCAUGGGAGCUGUUCACCUCGGACGACGAGCCGCAAGGGUACGACGCCAAGAUGGACUCGACCGACACGCUCGGAUCACAGGCGUCCAGCAACUCGUGGGAAGACGAGCCGUGGAUCGCAAAGUACGAGAAGCGCAACGUUGUGCGUAAGAUUUUCGAUCGCGAAGUGUGGAUCCAGGAGCCGGCUCUUCGCCAGAUCCAAGACACCAUCUUCCUCCAAGCCAUUCUCGGCUCGCUCAUCAUCGGUGGUGUCACGGUGGGCGUCUUCUGCGCCAUUCCUGCUGGCAACUUUUUCUAG